AUGUCUUCAACCACUACAUAUACUGCCCCCACAACAACUGCUGCAACAACAGCUACAACCGCACCAACAGCAACUACUGCUCCACCAACAUCCACAACUAUGGCUUCAACCACUACAUCUAGUGUUGCCAUGACAACUGCAGCAACAACAACCACAACUGCUCCACCAACAACCAUAAGUAUGACUUCAACCACUACAUCUACUGCCCCCACAACAACUGCACCACCUACAACCACUACUGCAGCAACAACAACUGCUCCACCAACAACCACAACUAUUGGUUCAACAAGUGCAUCUACUGCCCCAACAACAACUGCAUCACCAACAACCACUACUGCAGUAAAAACAACUGCUCCAUCAACAACCACAACUAUGGUUUCAACUACUACAUCUACUGCCCCCACAACUGCAGCACCAACAAUCACUACUGCAGCAACAACAACUGCUCCACAAACAACCACAACUAUGGCUCCAAGCACUACAUCUGCUGCCCCCACAACAACUGCAGCAACCACAACCGCUCCACCAAAAACCACAAUUAUAGCUUCAACUACUACAUCUACUGCCCCCAAAACUGCAGCACCAACAACCACUACUGCAGCAACAACAACUGCUCCACCAACAACCACAACUAUGGUUUCAACAACUAUAUCUACUACCUCCACAAACACUUCAAAACAUUGA